AAAAUAUGCAGGCACGCUCAAAGAAGCCCGUUUGGUUCCUCUUUAAGGUGAUGGAACUGCUGCUGAGCCUUGGGUGUUGCAUUGUCCAUUGGCACUGCACUAAUGCACCGCACGUAUUCCUCCUAUGUGGGACCUAUGGCGGAUCUGUGAUCAUCUGUGUGGUUUCUGUGGUGGGAGUUUUUUAUGCAGAGCGACCGACUAUGAAGCAUGAAGCUGCGUUUGGUGCCAUCUUGGGAACCCUUCACAUGCUUACAGUAUACGCCCACAUGUAUAUUGCUACAUUGGAUGAGUUCCGGAAUGAGAAUUGGCCCGAUUUUUAUGGAUGCUGUAGGGACAACGCCAUUAUAGCUCUUUACGCCGGCGCCAUUUACUUGCUGCACUGCACCUUCGCUCUGGAUCUGAUGCUCUCUCAUAGACGAAGUAAGCUGCAUCCUCGGAGGAGCAGGCGACCACUCCAGCUCUUCUUCAUUAGUCGGGGGGCCGAGGCCUACUUCAGUCGAUUUCGGUGGUUCCAGCGCAUCUCCUCUAGAAUGUUGACUAGCGAACAGGCAUCGGAGAAUACAACCCAAAGUCGUGAAUUUUCAUCGGAAUCGGACUCUGAAGCCAUGGAGGAAUCAAGGCGAAAGUCGGAAAUCAAGGAAAGGGAAAAAAGUGUUUAAUUUCAAAUUAAAUUAGGAAUUUUAAC